UCUCUCCAGCUCUCAAAUGAUCCUCUCCAUUCCCUGUCCCCUCCGGCAGCGGUUGGAGCUUGGCAGGGAUGCGCAGGAAGGGUUAACUGUGCCCUGUCCAAGCCUCAUCUGCUAGUCUGGCUGGAAAGAGGAGAAGAGCCGAGCACGAUGAUGGAAUCAGAGCCAGAGGCAGCGGAUGUGUCCCCAGAGCCGGCUGUAGAGCUGGGCCGCCCGAGCUGCUCCAGAGGUGAUGGGAUGCUGGGGGCAAAGACAACAGAGCCUGGUGAGGGGAGCUGCAGGGAGCCAGAGGAGAGCGGGAACCUGGUGGAGGAAAGCGGGAACUUGGUAGAGGAAAGUGGAAACCUGGCAAAGGAAGGUGGGAAGCCAUCAGAGGAAAGUGGGAAGCCAUCAGAGGAAAGCGGGAAGCCAUCAGAGGAAAGCGGGAAGCCGGCAGAGGAAAGUGGGAGCCCAGCAGUCCCGGAGAACUGCAGCACACCCCCCAUCCCUCUGGAAGCUGCUGUCCCAGGGGAUCUCAGCCAGCCAUCCCCGGCCCCUUCCCAUCUGCUCUCUGCCUGCUGUUGGGAAGCAGCGGAUCAGAACCAGUCUCCAUCACCUCCCACUGCAGCAGCAGACACCGAGGUGGGGAUCCCAAUGGAGGUGCCACAGGAGGAGGUCACUGCGGAGAAGCCGAUAGUGCCUGGAACAUCCUCAGAGGGUCCGGAAGAGGAGAAGGGUCUGGAACAGGAAGAUGUGAAAGAUUCAGGGAAUGUUGGCCAAGGUCCAGCGGCUGACGUUCCCAAAGGACCAGGAAAGGUAGAUUCUGGCCCAGAAAAGCCGGAGAAGGGCUCCUGUGUGGGCCGGCCGGCGGGCUGCCAGCGAAAUGCCACCCGGGAAUUCUACUCCUGCCCCAUCUGCAGCAAACGCUUCCUGCUGAAGAUCAACUUCCUGAUCCACCAGUGCAGCCACAGCAGCUCGGUGCCCUACGUCUGUGUGCACUGCGACUGCAAGUUCAUGUCCAAGAAGAAAAUCAGGCGGCACCUCCGGGCCUGGGCGGCCAGCGGGACGUGCCAGCCCUCGGAGCCGGAGCCACGUCCCAGCCGGACACCGUGUCCGACCUCCCAGCCCCAAACACAGGUGGCCAAUGGGACAUGCCAGCCCCCGGAUGCUCAGGUGUGUCCCAGGCAGGUGCCGUGCCCGACGUCCCAGCCCCAGGCCUUGGUGCCCUACGGGACCAGCCAGCCCUCGGAGCCAGGGGUGUGUCCCAGCCAGGUGCUGUGCCCGACAUCCCAGCCCCAAAUAUGUGUGGCCAGUGGGACCUGCCAGGGCUCAAAGCCAGAGGAGUGUCCCAGCUGGACACCGUGCCCAACGUCCCAGCCCCAAACCUGGGCAGCCAACAGGACCUGCCACCCCUCAACGCCAGAGGCGCAUCCCAACCAGGUGCUGUGCCCAACAUCCCAGCCCCAAACCUGGGCAGCCAACGGGCUGUGCCAGCCCUCGGAGCCAGAGGUGUGUCCCAAUCAGACACCGUGCCCACCAUCCCAGCCCCAAGCCUGGGUGGCCAACGGGACCUUCCAGGCCUCAAAGCCGGAGGCGUGUCCCAGUCACACACCCUGGCCAACAUCCAAGCCCCAAACCUGGGCAGCCAGUGGGAUCUGCCAACCCCCGAAUCAGCCAGAGGUGUGUCCCAGUCAGACACCGUGCCCGGCCUCCCAGCCUCAAGCCCUGAGCAGGGACCGUGGCACGGUGUGGGAGAAGCCCAGCCCUGCCAAGUGCCCGCUGUCCCCUGGGAAAAUGCUGUACACGUGCAGCGAGUGCCUGGAGAACUUCUCCAGCCAGAGCUUUCUGACGGUGCACCAGCGCCAGCACUCCGGCCGCCACCUCAUCCUGUGCCCCUGCUGCAACUGGAGCUUCACCUGCAUCUCCGACUUCGUCCGGCAGCACUGGGCACACGGCGGUGUCCGGCCCCACCAGUGCGGGAUCUGCCAGAAGACCUUCAAGAGGCUCUACCACCUCAAGGUGCACCGCAGGACCCACAUGCGGCAGAACCGGCCGCUCCCCCGCGCCGACCCGGUGCCCAUCCCGGCGGGAACCGUGCCAGGAGACGGGGUGGGAAGCCAGGGUGUGACCUCCAAGGGGUGCUGUGCUGCUGCUGGACCUUGAGGGGUCCUCCCGGGAGUGGGGGGCUGCUCUUGGACCUCAGGGUGUACUCUCAGGGAUGGGAAGCUGCUGUGGGACCUUGAGGUGUCCUCUCAGGGAUGGGAAGCUGCUGUGGGACCUUGAGGUGUCCUCUCAGGGAUGUAAUGUUGCUGAUGGACUUUGAAGUGUCCUUUCAAGAAUGCUGCUGAUAGACCUCGAGGUGACCUUCCAGGAAUGAGAUGCUGCUGAUGGACCUUGAAAUGACCUCCCAGAGAUGGGAAGCUGCUUAUGGACUUUGAGGUGUCCUCCUGGGCACAGGAAGCUGCUGCUAGACUUUGAAGUGUCCUCCCAGGGAUGGGAAGCUGCUGUUGGAACUUGACGUGUCCUGCGGGGAAUGGGAUGCCACUGCUGAACCUCAAAGUGACCUCCUGGGACUGGGAGGUCACUGCUGGACCUUGAAGUGACCUUCUGGGGAUGGGAAGCUGCUGUGGGCCUUCUACUCUCCUCCCCUCUACCUCUGCAACCUCUCCGACUCUCCUGCCCCCAGGGUGGAGGGAGCCCACCCUACCCACACUUGGGGGGCUCCUU